AUGGGCCUUCUGAGGAUCCUCCCUGAUCAGUCAUCAGGGAGUGGGCACUCCUGUGGCACCCCACGCCACCCAAGCAUCAUCGACCCAAUUCUAUCAAAGCGCGUCUGCUUCUACAAAAGUGGAGACCCUCAGUUCAAUGGUCUGCGCAUGGUCAUCAACAACCGCACCUUUAAAACAUUCGAUGCGCUCCUGGACAGUCUCUCUAAAAAGGUUCCCCUGCCAUUUGGGGUGAGGAACAUUACCACUCCUCGGGGGGUUCAUGCAGUCUAUACUUUGGAUGAACUGGAGGAUGGGAAAUCCUACAUCUGCUCUGACAGCCGUAAGGUAAAACCUAUCAACCUGGCCAUGGCGAGGAAGAAGCCGCCGCCCUGGUACCAUGCCAGGCCUCUUAGCUCCCGCCGUCGGACUGUACAGCAGGCCAGGUUUUUCCCCGGCCAGAACCUCCACAAGAACGAACUGGUGGUUGUGCGCACACCGAAGAGGCUACUGGUUUUUCGCAAUGGUGACCCUACCGUAAAACACACUGUGGUGGUUCACAAGAGGACUACGCCGACUUUUCAGUCCAUCCUGGAAUAUAUUUCAGAGCUGCUGCUGUUUCAUGUGGUGAAAUUACACACAUCUGAUGGCAGACGUGUGGAUGGUCUUGCAGGCUUAAUACUGUGUUCUGGCAUCAUAGUGGCUGCAGGCAGGGAGCCAUUCAGGCCUGCAAACUACAAUGCACAGAAAUCACCAGCUCCAACAUUGUUGCCUACAAAACGAAUGGGUCGCAGAAGACUAAACCGUAAGUUUAUAUGA